UUUUUCUGUCAAAUGUUAGUUGAAUGAAAAUUUUAAUAUACAUUGUCGGUGUGGUGAUCUGUGAUACUAUUCUUGUAGAAAACUAAAACAAAUUCUUCACAUUAAACAUGAACUGCGCAAAUAACACUGAAGCCUUUUCACAAUACCUUCAGUCCAUGGUUAAGCUAGAGGAACUACAAAAAAUGACUGAGGAUUUAGACAAAGAAUUAGAAGACUCACAAAGAGUGAUGUCGGAAAUAAAAACAAUUUUCAAUACGAUUCCCAACGUUCAGAAUAAUAUACCACAACAGAAUAACGACUUAAGACAUGAAGAUUUAUCGCAAUUCAUUGUCGCUAGUGUGCCGAAAUUAAUAAUGCCAGAUAUGCCCGACAGUACUGUAGAUAUAGAUCUUGACAAUGUUAUUGCAUCCAUGAAAGGUUAUGCCGAAGAUUUGAGAAAAAACUUUGUACUUCCAAAUCCUCAACAAGAACACCCAAACAAAAUUUUUGAAAAUCUAGACUUAGAUCAAUAUGCUUCUAGUCUAGAAGAGCUGUCUAAACAGUUAUUAAACAUGAAGUUAAAUAAAAAUGGAGAAGGUAUAAAGAGGAACAAGGCAUUAGAAGCUAAACUUGAUCAGUUAUGUGAGGAUGUCACUAUGUUCACCAAGAUGGUUCAAUCAAAGGCAAAGCUCAGUGAGAGCAAUAAGAAUUGGACUACAACGCACCACACCAACCUGACAUUACAAUAUGACAACAUGAUCAAUAAACUGUUGCUGUGCAUCAAUGAAGUAACAUAUUUAAUGAAAAAUAAAAAUUAAUCUCAUUGUACUCAUGCAUACUACAAUAUU